UCCUGAAAAAGAAAAAUAAAAGGUCUUAACAAAGCUAAGGUUACAAGGAAUUUACAAGCACAAUGAACACUUCAUAAAGAGUGGUAAGACCUCGGAGUUGAUGACCCAGAGAAAGCUAAACGAAGAGACGCCCCUUGUAGUUUGCAGUUGCUGUAAAGGGUACUAUAGCAGACUUUUUUUUUGGCACCACAAAAAAGCAUGCAACAAAGAUUGAAUUGAAAUGGCAUCACUGUUACCAACCUCCCUCUUUAGACCCCUACCCAGUUUUGUCUCUGAUGAAUUUAAAUUCCAAAUUUUGAAACGAUUUCGUGAUGGUGAGAUUGGAUCUUGCUGCAGAGAAGAUCCAAUUAUUUGCCUGUUUGGGAAAACGCUCUACACAAAAAUGAAAAGAAAACAAGAUAAACAUGUUGAGGUACAGAAAUCAGUGAUGUCAGAUAUGAGGAAGGUUGCUACUCUAUACCUUGAGUUUAAAAAUUUGAAAGAUGAGUAUGAACUGACGGCAGAUGCAGGAGAAAUGUUAGUGAGAAAAAACUUCAACUAUCUUCAUGAAGCAGUUGAUAAAGUGACCUCUUGUACAGAUAAGGAAGACAUGAAGGGUAGACCAAACAGCCAAAUCAAAGCAGGGUUAAAGAUUUCUUUGCUGUAUUUGAUUUAAAAAAUGGCUAAAGUAGUGCAAGGAUAUUACCUAGUUAAACAAGAAGAUGAGAAAGCAAAUGAAAUUGAGAAAUUCGUGCGUGUACUUAACCACAACAAAGAUUUUGUGUUUGGUGAUGCCAUCUAUGCCC